AACAAAGUCUGUUAUUCAAACACUUCUCAAAAAUCUUCCCAAAUACAUUGAUAACAGAACUAGGUCUAUAAUUGAACAUAUUGUCUUUACUUCCAGAUUUAAAUAUUGGUAUCACUAUGCUUUCUUUAAAUUGGCGAGGAAUUACUGAGGAUUUGAAACAGAGGUUGAUAAUAUUACACACUAUUUGUUGUAACUCUAUGUUAUCCACUGGAGUUAGAAACGUAUUCUGACAGCAUAUCAACCUAUUUUCAUUUCAAUGCAAAAUAAGUCUAUAACACAUAGGUGGCUGUGAAAAAUAAAAGCCAUUACAAUUGUUUUUAUUAAUCACAGCUGUCAGAAUACGUUUAAACUAGUUUUGGGUAGUUAAGGUUUUCAAAAUGGAUAGAAGAAAGGUUAUUAGUGAGAAAAUUCGG